GAAUCUUCGAGAGAACAUAUUUGUCCAAGUUGUAGAAAUUGUUUUGAAACUUUAUCAGAAUUAAGAUCUCAUACGAAACUGCACAUUAAAGAUAUGAAAUAUGGGUGCUCUUCGUGCAAUAAGUCGUUUUGUAAUGAAGCUAAUUUGGAUAGACAUGUUAGGAAACAGCAUUUACAAACACACAUUUGCAAUGUUUGUAAUAAAACUUUUCUCAAUCAGAGAAAACUCAGACUGCAUGCAACAUGUCAUACAGCAGAAUCAGAUAAAAAAUAUAAAUGCAGGUAUUGCAUUAAAAAAUUUAAUCAAGUUCAUCAUUUAGAAAAUCAUGAAAGAAUUCAUACUGGGCAAAAGCCUUACUUGUGCAAUGAAUGUGGAAAAGGUAACUAGAAGCUUUUUUUUAACAAUCUGAUUUUGAACAAAUUAUUAAGAUAUUAAGAAUAAAAUGAAGGAUUUAGACAACAAUAUGCCUUAACGUUACAUAUGCGUAUUCAUACUGGGGAUAAGCCUUACAUUUGUCAAGAAUGUGGAAAAACAUUUAAUCGUAAACAAGGUCUGGAUUCACAUUUGCUUUGUCAUAGUGGAAAAAGAGAUGAUAAAGUUGCUAGUGAUGGUAAACCUCAUAUUUGCACAGAAUGUGGAAUAAGGGUAACAAGACUGCAUAUAUUAAUAAAACAUAUGUGGGAAGUUCAUAAAAAAUGUGAUGAUCCAAUUCUUUUAGAACAAGCUAAGCAACAAGCAAAAUUAAGAAAAGAUGACAAAGUAAUCAAAGGAGUUAUAUAUGCUUGCAAUGUAUGUGAUACAAAAUUUCAAUCAAAUCUUAAAUUGAAACAACAUAUGAAAGUUCAUGCUUUUCAAUAUAUAUGCAGUGUUUGUUCAAGAGCAUUUAUGUUAAGAAGUCAACUGGAGGCGCAUAGCAGAUUCCAUACAGGUUCUGUACGGUUACAUUCUUGUUCGCAUCCUGGAUGUACGCGCAGCUUCAAUAGACCAGAACACGCACGGGCUCAUUAUAUGCGAGCGCACACCACGGAAAGGCCGUAUCAGUGCGAGGUUUGCUUAAAAGGUUUCUGUCAGUCUGGUGAUCUAAAAGUGCAUAUGCGUUAUCACACAGGUGAGAGGCCAUAUGAUUGUUCAUUUUGUGAUAAAUCUUUUGCUGCAAGCAGUGCACUUAAAGGUCACAUGCGAAGGCAUACUGGUGAACGCCCAUAUUGCUGUGCAGUUUGUCAAAAUGGAUAUUAUACUUCAACAGAACUGAACCAAUGUUCAAAGCGACUGUGUGUUGCGCUAGGAUAAACCAAAUUGGAUGAACCGAGCUGCUUAAUGUUUCUCAAUCUUUGAAAUUCUGGUGUGUCAAUUAUUUUGAAAAUAAGAGGAUCGAAUUGCAUGUGACCAUGGAUAGAAUCAUUCAUUUUGAGAGGCGC